AUGGCGUAUCAGGACUCGCCGCGCGGGUUCUGCAGGUUGCGAAGCUAUCCGAGUGAAGGUGAACUCUCGACUGGACAGCAGGGUUGCAGUACCUCCGAGUGUUCGUCAUCUACUUGCGACACCACUGGAUCUCAGAGACGUGGAACGAAGAGCAAGUUUGUGGGACUGCGAAUGUCUCCACUUCGCUCCCUCAAAAGGGUGUCGCGCCCGAGGAUUCUUCAUCCCUGCGACGCGAGCAGUUCCGCAGUUAUAUGCACAAAUUGUGAUGCCCUGCGUAUGCAACUCACGGAGGCAACCACGCAGUGUUAUGACCAAUGGAUCAAAAGGAUCAACGUGCUAGAGGAAAUGCUACAAGAGAAGCAAAAAAUAGUUGACGAACUGCAGGCAGCCUGGUACGAGCGGUGCCAGGUUUUGGAACAGGCGCAGCGACUAAAUACGGAACUCCAGCAAAAGGCAACAGAGUAUUUGCAGAAAAUAUCCGACCUUAAAGACGAGAACUACAAGCUGUGCGAUACGGUAAAGCAGAAGGAGGAGUUCAUAGAGGAGCUUUGCGAUGAUGCUGCACAGCUGCGUGAAAAAAACAAACACAACCAAAAACUGAGACAACUGGACCUGCUCACUAUAGAAAAAUUAAGACGAGCUGCCAAAAUUAAGAAAUAUCGCAACUAUCGCAAACCUGCAGUCUCCUCACCACGUUGCAGGCCUACUCUGAGCAUAGGUGUCGCAAUCAGAAGAGCGUGGCGCCACAGGCUGUCCAAGUACCACAGUAAAUCGGAUCGAAAUAGAUCAACAGCUUCGAAACACGUCUCGGAAGAGAGAACGCAACCGAACGAGAAUGCUGCAGAGGACGUGGUGUACGUAUUCGACUCAUCGCACAUCCUUAGCAAGGUGCCUCACUCACGAAAAUUAAACGGCAAGAAAUUUCGAGCGUGA